AAUCUGGACCAGAAGAACAGUUGUCAUAAAGUAUUUCAUAUCCUAUUUUCAGGACAUAGAAACUUGCAUAACUUUACUGGUGAAAAGUAUAUAUUAAGUCCAAUUCAAUUAGAAUUAGUUCAAGAACUUACCUAGUAAUUAAACAGAUCACAACAGUGAUGUAUUUUUGUAUAAAAUGAUACUGUUCAGUUUUCUCGCGAAUUUGCUCCUUCUACCUUCAGUGUUCUGCCAAUCGCUCAUCAAUACUGUUCACAAAACUCCGGCAGCAGAAGUAAAAAUCAAUGAUUUAUGGUGCUACACUUGUGAAACAAUGGAGGACGGAGAAGCUUGCGUCGACUUCCUGUCGAACCGGUCGAGCCUUGCUAAGCAAUGUAAAGCAGAUGAAUACAUAUGCAUGGUGAAACGAUUCUCCUACACAACCAGCACGGAAAACUCAACAAGCAGCCCCAAAAUGUGGUCGUUGGAACGCAAAUGUGCGGUGAACUGUGAAUCAGGUUGUAUAAUAAUUGGGGAGCGAACGAAAUUAUAUGCAUGCACCUCGUGCUGCAACAAAUCACUCUGCAAUACGGGUACUGGGUCAGCAGCAUCCUUACUUAAUUCGCUCAAUAUCAAUAUAUUGAAUAGUCUAUUUCUUGUACCGAUUUUAAGAUAUCUUUUUUAAUUCAAUGUUUAAUAUUUCCACGGAAGUAAAAAAUCUGCCAAAAAUUGUGCCAAUCGUAGCAGUGGAGAAAAGAAAAGUAUUUUAAAAUAUACUGUGUAUAAAAAAAAUAUUAAAGAAAUAAAGAAUAUUUCUCAUUCUAAAUUAACUAUGAACGAAAAUGUUUAAACAUG